UAAAGGGGUGGGUUAGAUGGCAAAUAUGUGCGUCCCCACUUCCCCGCUGCCCUCCCCCUUGAGGGUGAAAUAGCCUUUCGUUGGGUUGUUCAUGCGGGAUGAACCUGGCACACAGCAAACCACCACCAUCAGAGAGCGAGCCGGAAAGAUGAAUCCAAAACCACAAAGAUCGGGGUUCGUUUCGGCGGCACAGUUCUCGUUCUACCGCUGGCUAGUGAGUACGGUGUGUACAGAGAGUGUAGCGUGUGUGCAGUGUGUGUCGGCCCCCGGGGAAAACACACCAGAGUUUGUGCGUACUAAGCGAUCCAACAAGGAAACACACCACACGGCAAACUAGAACGCGCGGAUAAACACACCACAAAGCAACACGCGGGUGGGUUUUGUGGAUUUUAUACAAGAAAGACAACCCAAAAGCGCGGUGUUUGUAUUUUUGGGAGCGAUUAAAUUUUAUUCCUUUAAGUUGCUUCGGUCGAACGAAUUUACGAUACCGUAUUUGAGUUUUAACUAUUUGCUAUAAAAGAGAAACCGUGUUGUGCACACCUUGGCAUAUCAGCCACCUUCCACCUCCCGCUCUGGUUACAGUGGUAGUUGUGGGUGGGUGGUUCGUCUACGUGUAUUGUGAGGGAAUGUGAAAAGCUGUGUCGAAAGAAGUGUUUCCGAUUCCAUCAGACAACAUCGUACAGCAAAAACGACCAUCACUCAACUAUUGCUCAUCAACAAACCACAUCCCUAGCAAUGAAAGGCUGGAUCCUGGCGGAUUACAUUGUACUAUAAAAGUGAUAGUACGCGAUUCCAUUUCGGUGGCUAAGUAAACGGUAGCAGAAGGUGAACGACAGUGGUAGAAACAGCUAAAAGGUGGAUUUUAUCGUUAUCAGCAAUUUUGAGGUACCUGUCACUUCCAGUACCUUGAAGACAUAGAGUGUUGUGCGUAUUUUAAUUUUGAAGCUUAAAAAAACAUGCUAUAAAGCUUUAUAGCAACUAUAAAGAGAACAUCCACAGGGAGAGAAUAGCCUCACAAAACGGAGCAGAACGUGAAGUAAUUGAAUAACAAAGCUAAACACAGGUUUUAGACGAUCAUGUCUCUCAAGCGUUGGUGGACUUGGAGCAGCAGACAGUGAUUUAGUAAGGACCAUCCAAACCUUCAGGAGACGAUACCGGCCUGUCGGUGUCGGAAAACCGUGCCUUAAACCUGUGCUCACAACUCAGGGAAGUGAACACUCUACGUGAGAAGGCGAAAUCCUUCUAUACCUUCACCGGGUUCCGCCGGUAAUGACGGAACGGCGAAACUAGACACUCUUGUAUCUCUAAAACGCCUUGCUACAAACGACAUACACAACAACAACCUGAAUACAAGUACAAAACCUGACCGUUUGAGUACAAAACAGGCGAGUCCUCUCACUAAUUGCAUCGGAAAUGAUCAAUAUUCUAAGUACUCCAGACUCUAGCAAACCUCAACUAUAGCUAGACAGCAAAGAGAGCUGGUCUCCAUACAUCGCUUCGUUUUUCGUUUCGGUUUUUGGCUUGCUGUUAAUUUUCGGUUAAUACUUCUUGUUUUGGAGAUGUUUCAUAUUUCCUUGCAUAAUACGCCAGAGACAUCCGCGAUUAUAUAAAAUCUGUUACACUAGUAGCAGCCUUCUAUAUUUCACUAUCCAUCGAUGAAGUACGCCCGAAGCGAUAUAAGGUGAAAGCAAAAAAGCUUUAAAUGGUUUGUGUUUCGUGAGGCAGUGUUGUCGGUGGAAGAAGUUUGCCGUAUUUUGCCCAAUUCCGAAAGGUGCAUCAUCCAUCUUGCCAAAGGUUAAAAAGGGAGAUCUCCGUGGUCCGAGGCUCGCACUGCGAGAACCGCUAGAAACGAUACGCUCCAAACGAAAAACGGGCCAUAAAGGGACAUGGAUAAAUCCUUCCGCUUGGUUCACGUGUAAAAGUUCCCGUUCGUGUGCUCGCAUCCCCCCGUGUCGGUUGGUGUUGGGCGGCAGAAGUUGGUGCAUAAUUCUGUUUUGCCCUCGAAGCCUUGGUGCAAAGUGUGCAUGUGUGGUCGGAUAGAGAACGCCGGGUCUGGUGCGUGAGUGUUUCGGAAAACGGAAGAUCCGCCGUCCGCAGGUGGGUUGCCUGCCUAAAAGAAAAGAAAGGCAGCACACCUCUUCAAUCAAGGCGCUCUUUUCAAAAGGGAAGCGCUCUGGUUAGUGUACCAUUAGGAGCGUUUAGCACACCUUCCGAUCCUCCAUUGCUUCAACGGAACUGUAACUGGCGUGCAGUGCACAUCAACUAUCAACGCUUGACUCUGCUAUCAAAAGAGCAAAUCGAACCGUCGAAAAAAAAACAAAGCAAACAACAACAAUGGAACCAGAAAAUCAGGCACAGCAGUACGGUGAAGUGAACCAGCUUGGUGGCGUGUUUGUGAACGGGCGGCCACUACCUAACAGUACGCGUAUGCGAAUCGUGGAGCUGGCACGGCUUGGUAUCCGACCGUGUGACAUAUCCCGUCAAUUGCGCGUAAGUCACGGCUGUGUGUCGAAGAUACUAGCACGCUAUCACGAAACUGGCUCGAUACUGCCGGGUGCGAUCGGUGGCUCGAAACCACGCGUCACCACACCGAAGGUCGUCACGUACAUCCGCGAGCUGAAGCAGAAGGAUCCGGGCAUCUUUGCCUGGGAAAUACGGGACCGUCUACUGUCCGAUGGUGUCUGCGACAAGAACAACGUGCCGAGCGUUAGCUCCAUCUCGCGCAUCCUGCGCAACAAGCUCGGCAAUCUGGCCCACCACCAUCACCAUCACCCGCACCAUUCGCACGCCGGUACGGGUGGGGGCGGUGCGCAUACACCUCACGCACCUGCUCACCUUUACAACUCCAUCUAUCCCUCCUACCCGUACACGGCCGGUUCGCUCAAGUCGGAAAUGUCGUGCGGUGGCAGCCCCUCACCACCAACCGGUGCGACACCGAUCCGCAGCCCGCACGCCCACUGUCCCUGGCCCUCCUCCCACUCCGUCACCGAUAUUCUGGCGAACGUGCACCAUCAGGCGACGGUCGCGGCACUGCGUAACGGCGGCACGCCCACCUCCCAGUGCCACACGACCCCACCGCCCACCACCGUCGGUGGCCAGCUGAUGGGCGGUGGUCCAGGUUCGAUGAACGGUACGACUACGUCCGGUUCGGCGUCCGCAUCGGCAGCAGCUGCUGCAGCGGCGGCCGCCGCAGCUGCCGCUGCCGCCGCCGGUAAUGCGGCGGUUGCGAUGCACCAGCACCACCACCAUCACCAUCAUCAUCAGAUGCAGGAGUCCGUGUCACCGCAGUCACCCAACUCGUACAACUACUACAUGUACCUGCAGAGUGGCGGCAUGCACCACGGUGGGCUGGCCAGUGCUUCCGGCUUAUAGGUUCCUUUCUACACCCGUGCGUCCGAGGAGCAUUGAAGGCGACACAGCAAUCCACCAACUGAAACCAACCCCCGCUAACCCAACCUUCUGCUCCUUUCCCCCGCCACACCAUAGCAUACGGAAAUGUCCUAGCAGCGACUCCAUAUCGAAACCCAUGUGACACAUGUGUGGUCAACACGUGCUAAUAUGCUAACACUAGUUUGCUAAGUUUAUCGAUUAGAUAUACCAAACUGCUUAAUUUAACAUGCGCUAACUUACUCCUAAGGUUUUUUUCAGUUGAAUUGUUCGUUUACAAAGGUGUUUUUUUUGUUAACAAAUUGGUACAUGAUUAUAUUGGUGUGAUUGUCUAUGUAACUUUCGAACGAGAUGUACAGUAAUGAUCUGGCAAUAGAACAAAGUGUUUUACGCUAAAUGUGGUAUCUGCCCGAAUGUCCUGGUCACGGCACCAAACUAUAUACGAAACAGCAAUGUUUUAUGCUACCAAUUACAGCCCAUUUUUCCUCGCCGUAUGACAAUCUCCAAAUUCGUAGGAUAUGUCUCUCACUAUUUGUACUAUCUGAAACAAUCAUGAAACAUUUCUUUUUCGUUCUGCUUUCUCCAAACAUAACCUUCCUGAAGCAAAAUUUAAAAUAGUGUCAGAAUCGAGCAAAGAGCAGAGGUUGGCAGUUGACUAGAAAUAAAAUGAUGCAGCAAAGUUUGCAGCGACAUGAAUCGAAAUCCCGGCGGCAAGAUUGGCUGCUGCAGGCGAACAUAAAACAAACAAAACAAUGGAAAACUAAAGUACAAAACGCACUGUGGAACAAAUACACUCGACAGGGUGAGCGAGCUUGUGAGGUACGAUGAGAAUGGCAGACGACGCUGUUGUGUGUUUAGAAGCAAAAUCAAUCGUUAUCAUUCAGCAAUCUUAUGAAUUUCGACAGCAAAACGGCAAACGGCGUGUACCGCUUGUAUAUAGCCGACGUUUGUUUUUUUUAAAUACCUUUUCCUUCCUGCUGCACGCCGGGAAAAGGCAAUGAGGGCCACUUUGAAAAAAAAGCACGCUUGCCCAAUGUCCGAUCGUGUACCGAAACAAACUGAAACUCAAACGGUUGUUAUCCAGUUUUUGGUUUUUCGGUUUUACACUUACACUGCGGCCAUUUGUAACCCACUUUCUUUCGGUGUUUUUUUGUUGUUGUAGUUUUGAUUUCUGCACACAUGCAGACAGUAUCUACCGGCAAAACGUAUUUGGGUGUACAAUGUCAGCAAGAUGAUGGCUGGAUCCGUUGAGAAUGGUACAAUAUUUACUAAACACGCAUUCACCCACAAACACGAUCGGUAGUGCGCUGUUGAAACGGAGGGCAGCAGCAGAAACGUUUGCAAAAUGGAAACAGUUUACCAGUGUGUAGCGCGAAAGCAGAAUGAUGAUGAAAAAAAAAACAAAACCAAACCGUGACCUCAAAAUGUGUAACUGGCGAACCUUAUGAAGCGAAACGCAACUAGAGUGCAAAAACAUAUAAAACUUUAAACAGAAAACCACUAGCAAACAUCCAUUGUAAAAUAGGUUUUGCGGGUGGAGUAAAAGAAACGAACGAGCCAAACAAGUAUAGUAUGGUGGAGCAACUUGUGUAUCACAAAAGUACAACAACCACAGAAUAUCAUUUAGCAAACUGAAGUCGUGUUGAAACGGGGCACACGUUUUAAGCGCAUAUUUUGCGACAAAAAAGAGAAAAUAUAAAAGUGUAGAAAGCAGAAGAGUUAAACCGUGUUAGGGAAAGCAGUGCAACUACUAGCGUAUAACAGAAAUGGUACGCAAAAGGUGAUGGAUGAGAAGAAGAAAAAGAACAACAACAAUAGAUUGUAGUGUAACGAGUACUAAGCACACUAAACGCUAACGAUUACUACCAUUACAAACAAUUUGCACCAAUAGCCACACAAUGCUGUGACUAACACUACUGCUAUAAAACCACCAAUUAUCACAGCUACUGUCACUGCUAGUAGCCGAAUAGCGGAAACGAGAGGUACAACAACAACAACAACAACAACAACAACAAAAUCAGUACGUCCAGCACAGUGAAAUGGUGGACGAUAAUGUAAAGCAAUAAAUACCACUACCUUAGAGCAGCCUCACACUAUGUAGGCUGUUGUUUUUUUGUUUUGUUUUCUUCUCUCAUCUCCGUACUGGAGUUUGACAGCUCGCAAUGGUUGAACCGUAAAGGGACGCAGGGUAGCUAGAAAGGACUCGUACAAGGGACGGUUGGAAGGAUGGUAGAGAUGUCUAGAAAGCAGAAAACGAAUGAAGAUGUGGUACAAGGAUUUAUAUAAAUGCAUACGUAUAGAAAUAUAUAUAUGAAUAGAUUUAUAUUUAUAUAUAUACAUACAUAUAUAUAUUCAAAAAACAUAUUGAUAGUGUGACAAACAGAUGAAGUAAGUGAAACUGACAGUUGAAAGUGGGGAUGGAUGGAAUUAGUACACGAUAAAGUAGAUACGUUAGUAUGUGUGUGUGUGUAUGUAAUUAACGAGCAGCACUAAUAGUGGGAUGAGUAUGACGUAUGCGUGGAUGAAUGUGUGAGUGAGUGCAAAGCUAUAAUAGGGAGUUUUGAUAUGAAGUGGAUCAAUUAUCGAACUCGCAAGAAAAAAAGAAAGGGAAAACAAUGCGAUCUAUGCGUUAAAGGAAAACAGUGGCUGAUGGAGCACUAGAAGUAGAAAUGUGAACAGCAAAAGCAAAAAAAAACAAUUCAAGCAGACACGAUAGCGGAGCAGCGCCUGCGAGGUAGUAUUUGAGGUAUAGAUAAAUAUUAACACUAAAGCAUAUGUAUAUUAUAGAGCUAAUGAUGUAUCUCAAAAACAGAUGUGUGCCUUUUUCUACCGAAAUGAAAUUGCAAACAGUGCUUUGCGAAAGGAACUACUAAACAAAACUGAUCAAAAACAAAAACACAAAACACUGCAGGAACACAAAACAAAACAUGGGCAAAGAAAAGUGGAAAAGUGAGCCCAGGCAAUGGAUAAAUGAAAACAGGCAACAACAACAAAAAGCUGUAACAUGUAAACAAUAGAGCGGGAAAAUUACGGCAGCAAACAGCAAGGAAGCAACGAAGGAAGAGGAUGGGCAACGCUGUAACGCUGUAACGAUGGAACUUCCAUCGUAUUUCCAUUUUGACAGCUUGCUCGCAAAAACCAGAACCAUAAAACCUAGUGUGAAACAUAACCUCAACUACAGCACCUGCUACCGCACCAUCUGGGAACGGUUGAUGCAAUGCAGUGUCGAGAAUAGUGACUAGUGGGUGAGUAGGAGCAAUGGCAAUAAUAGCGCAAUAUGACCCACUUCGUUUCUGCGCGCACCCUUCAAAUCGGGAACCACCCUUUUCGAUAUCCCCAAUGAGAGUCACAGUACACUUGGAGAAAAGUGGUCGUACAGAUGAGGUUAAUGUUUGCAGUUGCACUGUGUUGCAUCCGUUUAGCGUGCAGCAACUAACCGCAGAAAAACAUACGAUCAUCAAACACGUUUUGUCGAAUGGCUGAAUGCCCCAAACAGGGCGUUCGCGAUUUGUUACAUAUUUGUGGUCCCGAUCAUACUCCCUCUUUUGAACGCGGAACGUUGAGCAAAGUAUUGUGGGUUAAUGGUGAGAUGUUCGUCAACAUGUCUACGUGCUCUUUUAAAUGUGCGCGCUAGAUUACGUUCAAUAUUUUCCCGCUUCUGGGCGCGUUUAUGGAAAGCUCGAUUUCCACGAUUCCAGUAACAGUUUCCAAUGAAAUGGAGAUGAUCUGAAACGCAUAUACUUCCGAUACUAUGCUUUACCCACCCACCGAACUGUACAGUUUCGAGCGUUCGAAUAUGAUUAGUAAACGUCACUUUACAAGCGUUAUUAAACGUCAAAUCGUUCGUGAGUUCUCUUCCUCGUGCUUAUCCUUUUGCGCCAUUAAUCAUCCUUUUUCUUCUGCGGCACAUCACAUCCGAGCAUCGUAAAACAAAAGAAGAAGUUACAAAUCAAACUCAACCACAAACACACGAAACACACGAGCUUGAAGUUGACCGUGCGUGUCGACAGAGAGAUGGAGAGAUAGUGAGAAGCGUGAAUGCGAGUGUGGCCGAACGAACGUAAGUGCGACCGCGUGCGUGUGUGUGCAGAUGCGAAUGAGUGAGAUAGUACGGCAUGAUCUAGAUGUAAUAGAUUUGUGUUUUGAUAGUUAAAGAAAAAAAAAGAAGAAGAAGCAUAAAAAAGCGAGAAAUCUUAACCUCAAAUUGAAAGCAAUCUCCUAUCGAUGGUCACGUUGAUGAUCAAUUCACAAUCUCCUAUCCACCCGAAAGGCUUCCGCAAAUUGCGACCGGGAAGGGAAUCUGCAUAUAAAAAACAGGCAACUAAAGAAGAAAGUUGGAAACGUUGAUUAAACCGUUAGAAAACGGGGAAUGAAAAGUGUGAGAGAGGGGUGGAAAUAGUGAAACGUGUAUUGAAUUUUUUUUAACACUAGCAGUGUAGGUAAGAACAGACAGGAUAUCAUAGUGUGCUAAUAAAAAGCAAGCAAGGGAGGGAGUGAGAGAGCAAAGAAAAAAAAACCAAACACAAAAAAAACAGUCAACUUGUAGGAAAAUGUUAUGUAAAAAGAAAAAGAAAAACGAAAAGAAAAUUAGCUAAACCAAGAAGCAGCAAUAGAUAUAUUUUUUAAGCGGAAACGAGGCACGAAAGAUAAACAACAAACGCACCUUCAAAAUACGAACGAGUGAAAAACAAAACACGAACACCGUACAAUAGAACCUCAUGGAAAGAAGUUUUUACCUCAAAUUUUACAAAGCCAUUACAUAGAAAUGAAGAAACAAAUGAAAACAAAAAUUGAAACGGUAACACAGAUACUAACCUAAAGCUAGCUCACAGAACGGAAAGGAAAAAAAAGUGAAAUGAUUGCAAUACACUAAAAAAACAAGUAGUAUAACCAUUGACAAGAUGCGAACACACAAAAUGGUGGGAAGAGGAAAUCGCAUUACGAAAGUGUGUAAAUGAAUAAAUAGUGUUGGUGUGUGAAUGAUAACGAAAUGAGAAGGAAAACAGUCGAGCUAGAAAGAGAGUUGUGUUUGUGUGUAUGAAAGAAGUGAGAGAGAUGCAAAAAAAACUCGAAACAACACAUCCAAAAAAUGCAAAACACUGUCAAACAACAAACUUUUGCAUGGUUUUUUGAUACAAUGUAAUUUAUAUUUAAUUUAGUUUAAUGUGGAUAAAAAAAACAUAGCGUACAUUAAAAAAACACACACACACCCUUCGAAGUAUGAGUACAUAAAUAUGCGUGCACGUGGAUGUACGGCCGUGUACGCAAUACAUACAGUAUAAAUCUAUAUUUUGCAUCCACAGUCCUUUACGGGACAACGAGGAAGGUGGAUGCGAGCGGGCGAGGAAGGGGGGAGAAAAACAAAAUCCCAGUAAUGAUAAUGAAAUAAUAAAAAUGGUGCGAAACAUGAAAAAUUCAAA